GACGGUCCGUAGCCAUUUGGGCUCAAGAGCCGCCGUGCUCAGACCAUCUGAUAUCCCGACGGGGUUGGGUCUUUCGCAGGCGGCGCUAUGCAGCGAGCGCGGCAGGUGCCGACUAGGAACGGCGUGUGCGAGCCAGAUCGGUACACGGACACCGCCGAGGACGUCCUCAUGGACGUGGAAUCCCGGGGCUCGCGGAACCACCACAGGGGCCAGUGCAACCCCUGCCGGUACAUCGGCAGCGGCGGGCCCUGCCCCCGCGGGCAGAACUGCGAUUCCUGCCACUACCACCACGGCCUCGAGAAGUUCCUCGCCAUGACCGCCUACGUGUCCGCGGCGCAGCAGCGGCGCCGCUGGGGCGCGCCGCGGCGCGGCGGCAAGGCCGGCGCGGUCGAGCAGCCGCGUGCCGCCGCCUCCGCGGCACCCUCGCCUCCCCUGCUCGGCGCCGUCGAGCCGAUCUCGCUGGCCUCCGCACUGCCCCCGCAGGGUGCCCGGGAGGCGCCGCCGCGGGACGCGGCCGGGGGCGCGCGGCCCACCGACCGUGGCAGGCCGCCUGGCUGGGAGGCGCCCGCCGCCGCUCUCGAGGCGAUCGCCGUGGGCCCGCAGGCCGGCGGCGCGGCGCUUCUGGCGGCGGUUCUCGACGCCCGAGCGCCGCCGGCCGCCUCCGACGCCGCGGCGGGUGCCUCCGACGCCGUGAGGGGCGCCGCCCGCCGCGCGCUGGAGCCGGGGCCGCCGGGCCCCGAUCUGCAGGCUGCCGGCCGGCACCUGCCCGACGAGGUGAUGGCCGGCAGCUGGUGGGCGCUGUCGGGAGCGGCGCCCCGGCGUGCGCCGGUGGAGUCCCUCUCGCCGCGCUACGUCACGGGCACGCGGGUGGAGCAAGAGCUGGGGGAUGCGCGGUCCAGGUUCGCCGCGCAGCUGGCCUGGCCCGCCGUCCCGCCGCCGUGCUUCCUCCCUCGCACGCAAUGAGGGGCGCGCGGCCUGGCACCGGGGGUAGGCCGUGAGUGCUGCCGUGCGCGCUUGCUGCCUUCCCUCCACGCCUGCACGGUUCCUGCCAUCGUCGCCGUUUCUGGGCGGCAGUUCUCCGCCGCACGAGCCCUGCGGAAUGCGCACGUUCAGCGGCAGUCCACGCCCGCCGCCCCCGCUCGGAUCGAUUUCUCGCGUGACUAAAUGUCACUGAUUGCUUCAACAUGCACGUGUUGUUUGACCAGUCGGAGGCCGCUUCAGCCUUUGAUGCACGUGUUGUUUGACCCGUCGGAAGCUGCUUGGCUCAGCAGCCUGCGGCAGCGUUUUUGCGCUGAGGUGCGCCGUCGCUUGCACUGUUGCGCUGGCAGGGGUGCAUUGGGACGAGGCCACAGCACGGUCUUCUAUUUCGAUGCUGAAGCACUGGACAUUGAAGCAUUCAUCUAUUUCAUGAUUCCGAUUCUAACAUGAUCAGCUGCGCAUGGCGGCGUGCCACGUCGCAUAUAUUUUCACAGCUGCGCACAGCCGUAAGCCGGACCGGGGACCGAGAACCGAGCG